UCAACUGCCACAACACGUGUGUACGGCUUUCUGAACUCGACGCACGUGUGUUCCUCCUUCCUCCGCGAGGACCUCAACUCAAACUGAACGACCACAGACUCCAAACCCGGCGCUUGUGAAAAACUCUGGUUUCUCGUCCCUGAAAGUGAAGACAAACGCAUGAUAGAACAUGCUUUCACUGGCUUUCAUUGUCCUCCUUGUUUCUGUCGUGUUGCAGAGCUCAUUUGUCAAUAACUGGGCUUCGUUGUCAAUAAAAGAAACGAUGGAGUACGUAUCAGCGAUUGGAGACCCUGGAAUGCGGAGCUACAGUGUGAGAGUUGCCAUGGAAGCUUGGAAUUUCUGCAAUGAAGUUGGCGCGGAAGCACCUGACAUGGUCAGCCCCAGGUGGGCUGAUUGUGCCGAUUUGUACUGCGCCUUCAUCUCUGGUAAUUCGCUUCGCAUUGUGGUCUUUGAAUCGGGAAAUAACAUGAUUUCUUUUUCUGCACUGCAUCACAAGGUGAAGGACUCUGAUAACAGCUUAGGUACAGGUGAUAAUUUUCCCAAACCAGGUUUUAAGUCUUAUACAGAUCAUGAUCUGUAUGCAGUGGAAAAGGAAUUAUUUCUUGGUUCUUUGUGUGAGUCAGACAGUUCUUCAAAACCAUGGCAUUUUUGGAUGAUUAUGCUCAAAAAUGGGAAUUUUGACAAGAAUACUACACUAUGCCCGGAAAAUGGGAAAAAAGUCAGUAAAAUAGUGACAGAUAGAAACUUUCCAUGUUUUGGGCAAGGCUGCAUGAAUCAGCCAUUGGUAUAUCAUAACUCAUCUGAACUGGUUGGUUUUGGGGACAAGAUGGUAUCUUUAAGCGGAGGAUUCUAUGGAACAUAUGACCUUGAUGCCGACUUGAGCAAAGGUGUAGGGAAAAACUCCUUCUUUCAAGUCUCGUGGCACAAGAACAUGAGCACAGGGAGUUGGGUUUUCUCACAUGUUUUGACAACAUCCGCAAAGUAUCCAUGGCUAAUGCUGUAUCUUCGUGCAGAUGCAACAGAAGGAUUUAAUGGUGGCUAUCAUUAUAAUGGGCGUGGCAUCAUGAGAAAGCUGCCAGAGUCUCCAAAAUUUACGGUGAAAUUGACACUUGAUGUUAAACGGGGGGGAGGAGCCAACAGUCAGUUUUAUCUCAUCGAUAUAGGAAGCUGUUGGAAGAACAAUGGAGAUCCAUGUGACGGAGAUGUUUUGACUGAUGUAACUAGAUACAGUGAGAUGAUAAUUAACCCUGAAACUACCAGCUGGUGCCGCCCAAAUAAUUUGGCUUCAUGCCCACCUUAUCACAUUAGUCCUACUGGUGAGAUGAUCUAUAGAAAUGAGACUACUAGGUUUCCGUAUUCUGCUUACCAUCUCUAUUGUAGCCCAGGAAAUGCUGAAUAUCUGGAGAAACCAUAUGAUAUCUGUGAUCCAUAUAGCAAUCCACAGGCACAGGAAUUAGUACAGAUUCUUCCACAUCCUGAAUGGUCAGUGCAUGGAUACCCUGAAAAGCAAGGAGAUGGAUGGAUUGGUGAUCCUAGGACUUGGGAGCUUGAUGUUGGUGCUCUUUCCAGUCGCUUAUAUUUCUACCAGAAUCCAGGAACAAAGCCAGCAAGGCGAAUAUGGUCUUCAAUCAAUGUUGGUACAGAAAUAUAUGUGAGCAAGACUGGGGAAACAGCUGAAUGGACUGUAAGUGACUUUGAUGUGCUUGUUCCAAAAGAUGCUUCUUGUAAUGGAGAAAACUCUUAUUAGCCUUUUGCCAGUAUGCUUGGAUCUCACUCGGGAAACUAAAUCACUUGAAAUUACAUAAAAAUUAUUAUAUCAUUUUUUUUAAGUGGCUCUCCUCCUAUGGUGUAUUCUUUUGCUGGAAUGGUGAAAAGGUACAAAAUACUUUCAUAGCA